AGAGGACAGUCAAAACGUUAUCGACUCUUACAGAGGAAUUUUCUAAAUAAUUACACAGCAUCCUUGUCGAGUGAAGCAAAAUCACCGAAAAUGCGUGCAUUUAGCGUUUGUUUAGUUCUGGUGUUAUUCGUGGCCAUGCUGCUCGGCGCCAGCGGUAAUCCUGUCGGCGAUGACAUCAUCGUCACUUUGGAGGCAGCGGAACAGCCAUUAUCCCUGAUCGAUGUCGACGCGCAGCAAGGACAUGAGAACGAAGGCGAUCGUUUGGCCCGCCACCAUAGGGGCUAUGGUGGUUGGGGUGGUCGCGGUGGUUAUGGCGGCUACGGUGGCUACGGUGGCUAUGGCGGUUAUGGCGGCUAUGGAGGCUAUGGAGGUGGUUAUGGUGGUUGGGGCGGUGGUUUUGGUGGAUAUGGACGUGGCGGCUAUGGUGGUUGGCGUUAACAUUAGCAAUGAAUACGAAAAACUAAUUUGUAUUCUUAAUUCAAUUAUGACCUUUAUAACGGGAUUCACCAAACUACUGAAAUAAAAAUCAGCAAAAUGUUACAAUCA